UCCUUUCACUGUCAUCCGGGAGGUUACCAAGCUUCCUGGUACUCACACCAUAUUGUCUGUGGACUGUCUCCUGUCUGUGGGCCCCUCUGUCUCCAGUUCACAGCCUCUUGUUCAUGGGUGGAGGACAGUUGUUUGAUAGUGAACAGAGGGACGUACAGCCCCCAGCUUCUCACUCUCAUUUCCUGCCUUACUAAACCCCAACAUGAAGACGAUGCCCGAACACCUCUGUGUCGCAGGUUCCUUUUUUGGCUCAGAGGAGACGCCAGGCUGUGAUGGCUGCUAUCUCAUAAGCAUGACGUCUUUGAUCGCCGUAAUUACUUCUGACAUCAUCCUGACCAUCUUCAUUAUGAUUUCUGUGUUCUGCUUUGCAACUCACCAAAGGAGAAGGAGAGAAUGUGACUCCCUCCAUGGUAAAAAGAACUCAUCUUUGCAAACUUCAAAGAAAGUGCCAACAGAAGUUGCAGAGUCUCCCUACCAGGAGUUACAUGGAGUCCAGUCAGAUGUGUACAGUGAGCUUCAACACUUUAGAAAAUGACACUUUAAAUGGAACAGACAACUCUAACAUGAAGCUAUAAUGUAAAGCAUAAUGUUUGUGUGUGAACGUAAAGCAAACAGCAAAUGAUCCUGCAUAUAUGUAGCUUUAGGUUAUAAUCCAGCACAAUUGUAAUGUAAAUGCCUGUGAUUUUAAAGCACUAAUAUAAAAUACUGUAUGUAAAAGUGGAAUAUUUAUGUAAAUGUUUGUAUGCUUGAAAGGUUUUGUGAGUGUGUGUGUUGCUGCCUUUAUUUUGAAUAAGAAUACAUGUUUUAAUUCUAGUUUGAAAACAGCAUUUUAUAGUGUGUUUCAUUUUUAAUGUAUAUUAACCAGUCAUAGGAAGUCAACAUUUCUGUUAUUUUUAUGUCUUUUAUUGUUUAACGU